GGGGUGACCACGCCCCCUCCCGGCCGCGCUCUCCCUCACGGCAGCGGCUCGGGCUCCAUUUUCUCCCUCUCCCUCAUCUCGGUCAACGCCCGCUUUCUCCCUUCAGGUUUUUUUUUAUUAUUAUUAUUAUUUUUUUUUCAUUUUUUUUUCCCUUUUCCCCUUCUUCCCCAUCCUGACCGGCGAAGAGAGAGCCGAAAGAAGUUUCACCGCCCCCCCUGUUCUUCCCUUCCCCCGGCGCCGCCAUGAAUGAGGAGUACGACGUGAUCGUGCUGGGCACCGGCCUGACGGAAUGCAUCCUCUCUGGGAUCAUGUCAGUGAAUGGCAAGAAGGUCCUUCACAUGGAUCAGAACUCUUACUACGGAGGGGAAAGUGCAUCCAUUACACCUCUGGAGGAUCUCUACAAAAGGUUUAAUCUCCCAGGAGCUCCACCAGAAUCCAUGGGGAGAGGGAGAGACUGGAACGUGGACCUAAUCCCCAAAUUCCUUAUGGCUAAUGGUCAGUUGGUAAAGAUGUUGCUCUACACAGAAGUUACUCGCUACUUGGACUUCAAGGUGAUCGAGGGGAGCUUUGUCUACAAGGGAGGGAAGAUCUACAAAGUCCCUUCCACUGAGGCAGAAGCCCUUGCAUCCAGUUUGAUGGGGUUGUUCGAGAAACGGCGCUUCAGGAAGUUCCUGGUCUAUGUUGCCAACUUUGAUGAGAAUGAUCCCCGGACUUUUGAGGGGGUGGAUCCCAAGAAAACCACCAUGAGGGAUGUCUACAAGAAGUUUGACCUGGGCCAAGAUGUGAUUGACUUCACAGGCCAUGCCCUGGCUCUCUACAGGACUGAUGACUAUCUAGACCAGCCAUGCCAAGAAACAAUCAACAGGAUUAAGCUCUACAGUGAGUCACUGGCUAGAUAUGGGAAAAGUCCCUACCUUUAUCCCCUCUAUGGCCUUGGAGAGCUGCCCCAAGGAUUUGCAAGGCUAAGUGCCAUCUAUGGAGGCACCUACAUGCUGAACAAACCCAUUGAGGAGAUCGUGAUAGAGAAUGGCAAAGUGGUUGGUGUGAAGUCUGAAGGAGAGGUGGCUCGCUGCAAGCAGCUCAUCUGUGACCCCAGUUACGUCUCGGACCGCGUCACCAAGGUGGGGCAGGUGAUCCGGGUCAUCUGCAUCCUGAGCCACCCCAUCAAGAACACAAAUGAUGCCAACUCCUGCCAGAUCAUCAUUCCACAGAACCAGGUCAACCGAAAAUCAGAUAUCUACGUCUGUAUGAUCUCCUCUGCACACAACGUGGCAGCUCAGGGGAAGUACAUUGCCAUUGCCAGCACCACCGUGGAGACUGCUGACCCAGAGAAGGAAAUCAAGCCAGCCCUGGACCUCUUGGAGCCCAUUGAGCAGAAGUUUGUGAGCAUCAGUGACCUGUUUGCCCCGACUGACUUGGGAACUGAAAGCCAGAUCUUUAUUUCCCGCACUUACGACGCCACCACCCACUUCGAGACGACGUGUGAUGACAUCAAGGACAUCUACAAGAGGAUGAUGGGCUCAGAGUUUGACUUUGAGGAGAUGAAACGUAAGAAGAACGACAUCUACGGGGAGGAGGAGCAGCAGUAAUGAGAAUUCCCUUUUAAUUAGGAGCAAUUAAAAUCGGCUAAUAUGAAUAUAUUAAGGAACUUAAUGAACACUGUAUGAAACUCAAUAUUGUAAGGCCUGCUUUUUGUAAUCCCAUCUCUGAGAGAUUGAAGAGUUCUGCACUGGUAAUGUUUCCCUUUUUUGUUGGUUUUUUUUUUUUUUUUUUUUGUUGGUUUUUUGGGGGGUUUUGGGUUUUUUUUGUUUUUUUUGGAUAUCAUGUGUUUAAUUCUCUCAUCCUAGUAGGGCUGCUGUCCAGAAUCUGGCAAAUUACUGACUGAUUUAACAACUAACCUGAAAGGCAAGACUGAACCUUUUUAUUUUUUAUUAUUAUUAUUAUUAUUAUUAUUUUAUUUCUUUUUUUUUUUGGUGCAGAUUGGAACCAAUAACUCAUUGACAGCUGUGUCUUCACCUUGGUCCUAUUUUUUUUUUUUUUUUUUAAUCAUUGGUAGCAACAUCCUGCACGAGUCUGUGAGCUGGUGAGCUGAUAGAUGUGACCAGUUGUCACUGAAAAAAAAAAAAAAUAAAAAAUAAUGAUGAAUCAAGGAAAAAGAGAAAACUGAGCACUCCAUUAUUGUGGACAGCAUCCCUAAAAAUCAAAGAAAAAAGAAAAAAAAAGCUGUGGCAAAGUUUGUAUUUCUGGAGAAAUCCCAAGCCCACAUCUCUUGUAGCACCAAACCUUGUGGGACUGGAACUUCCACCCCCCUGAUAAGAGGGUUGGGACCCAGCUGUGCCUCCAGAGCCUCCUUUUGUGUUUUAAUCUGAAUAAAAAUGGAGAGAACAAACUGAUCAGAGCAAGGCAAAGCUGUGGAAGUAUUUCUCUGGGGAUUUCUUUUUGGUUUUUUUGUUUUUGGAUCUGGACCAAACGGGCGCUGCGGUAUCGACAUGACAGAGCCUUGUGCUUCUUUUGUUUUUAUUUUUAUUUUAAUUUCUUUUUUCCUUGUCUCCUUGAAAGGCUCCAGAUGAUUUCUGUACUGCCAAGUAAAGCCAAAUUCUGGAAACC